UACUUCAAGUUCUUAAAAAACAGUUUGGAUCUGUCAUUCACUCAAGCCGGUUGUUUUUUAUGUAGUUUCCAAAACAAAGUGGAAAAAUGAAAAUCAACGUCGAUGGACUUCUUGUUUAUUUCCCGUACGAGUACAUUUAUCCGGAGCAGUUUUCAUAUAUGUUAGAGCUGAAACGAACAUUCGAUGCAAAGGGUCACUGUCUGCUUGAAAUGCCCUCGGGUACUGGCAAAACAACAACACUUCUAUCGCUUGUUGUUGCCUACAUGAUCGAAAAUCCGCACAUCGUCCGAAAGCUGAUUUAUUGCUCUCGAACAGUACCGGAAAUCGAAAAAGUUAUCGCCGAACUGAAACAUCUGAUGAGCUACUAUGAAAAGAGCGGCAGUACCAAAACAGCGGAUAUGGUAGGCCUGGUGCUUAGUUCGCGAAAGAAUAUGUGCGUUCACUCGGAAGUGAGUAAGGAACGAGAAGGCAAGGCCGUUGACGCUAAAUGCUAUGGUUUGACCGCCAGCUAUGUCCGAGAACGACAUCAGGCCGAUAGUACGACGCCGGUUUGCCAGUACUAUGAAGGUUUUGAUAUUGAAGGGAGAGAAUCGUUUCUUCCACCGGGCAUCUAUAAUUUGGAUGAUUUGAAGCAAUACGGUCGAGAGAGGAACUGGUGUCCUUAUUUUCUGACACGAUUUGCCAUUAAUAAUGCGAGCAUCAUCGUCUACAGUUACCAUUAUUUGCUCGAUCCGAAGAUAGCGGAGGUGGUUUCCAAGCAGUUACAGAAGGAAGUUGUCGUAGUGUUCGAUGAGGCGCACAAUAUUGAUAAUGUUUGCAUUGACUCAAUGAGUGUGAAAAUAAACCGACGAACAAUGGAAAAGUGUACCACUGCGCUGGGAAAAUUAGAUACUUUGGUGCAAGAAAUGAAGGACUACGACACCAAUCGCUUAAACGAGGAAUAUCAAAAUAUGGUGCAAGGUCUGCGGCAAGCAAGUGCUAACAGAGAUGCGGAUCUGGUGUUGGCUAAUCCUAUUUUACCGGAUGAUAUUUUGCAGGGUGCGAUUCCCGGCAACAUUCGCACAGCUGAUCAUUUUCUAAGCUUUCUCCGUCGCUUCGUGGAAUAUAUAAAAUUUCGGUUAAGAGUGCAGCAUGUGGUGCAAGAAUCUCCAGCUGGUUUCCUGAAAGAUGUCCAACAAAAAGUGUGCAUCGAGCGUAAGCCAUUACGAUUUUGUGCCGAACGCUUGGCUUCACUAUUGCGAACGUUGGAAAUCACCGACAUGACCGAAUAUGGUGGCUUGGUCGUGAUCACCCAUUUUGCUACGCUGAUAUCGACAUACACCAAAGGAUUCACAGUAAUCGUCGAACCGUUCGACGAUAAAACACCAACAGUCGCAAAUCCUGUACUCCAUUUCAGCUGUCUGGACUCGUCGAUAGCCAUGAAGCCUAUAUUCAAUCGUUUUCAAAGUGUGGUUAUUACGUCGGGAACCCUGUCGCCCAUGGAGAUGUAUCCAAAAAUCUUAGAUUUUGAUCCAGUUAUAAUGACAUCACUAACCAUGACCCUGGCGAGACCAUGCUUACUGCCAAUGAUUGUGUCUAAAGGUAACGAUCAAGUGGCCAUCUCCUCUAAAUUCGAAACAAGAGAUGACACAGCGGUCAUACGAAAUUACGGGCAGCUACUCGUCGAAACGGCUAAAUGUGUACCCGAUGGAAUCGUAUGCUUUUUCACAUCGUAUUUGUACUUGGAGUCUGUGGUGGCGUCGUGGUAUGAUCAAGGCAUUGUCGAUACGUUACUGCGAUACAAGUUGCUGUUUAUUGAAACGCAAGAUAACGCUGAAACGUCCUACGCCUUGAUGAACUAUAUUAAGGCAUGCGAUUGUGGCCGUGGUGCCGUACUGUUGGCUGUGGCUCGUGGGAAAGUCUCCGAAGGUGUCGAUUUCGAUCAUCAUUUGGGUAGAGCGGUACUCAUGUUCGGUAUUCCAUACGUUUACACGCAGUCACGCAUUCUGAAGGCUCGUCUAGAAUAUCUUCGCGAUCAAUUUCAAAUUCGCGAGAACGACUUCCUCACUUUUGAUGCAAUUCGUCACGCGUCUCAAUGUGUGGGACGUGCCAUUCGCGGAAAGACCGACUACGGUAUUAUGAUAUUCGCUGAUAAGCGGUUCUCACGUCAGGAUAAAAGAACCAAGCUUCCGAAGUGGAUCCAAGAGCAUCUUACCGACAAUUACUGUAAUUUAAGCACAGAAGAGGCUAUGCAAAUCGCAAGGCGAUGGUUGCGACACAUGGCUCAACCCUUUACCAGGGAAGAUCAGUUGGGAGUGAGUUUGCUGACCAUUCAACAGCUGCAGGCUAUGGAAAGGGAAAAAUUAGCGAAAGAAGCGAAGGAGAAGGAAGUGAAUGACGAAAAUGAUGAUGAGAUGAUGUAAGGUGAAAAUAAAAUUUUUUUGUUACAUUAAAAUGA